UUUUUUUUUUUAGAAUCUGCUCCACGUAUUAUUGCGAACAUCGAUGUAGGGGAAUCUAAUAAAUUCUUAAAUAUUGUAUAGAAAAUCCAUUAAAAAUUUUAAGUGUUCUAUUUGAGAGUUAAAAUUACAUACGUAUAAUGUUUGUAAAUUUGAAAAACAAAAUAAUCGAAGAAGUUAAAGCAGCUCAGGCUGCUGUCUCUUCAUCUAAUAGCACAACGCCCAGUGGUUCCGAAUCCACUGCAACCACUAACACCAACAAUGAAAAUUUUUUUAGUAUAACAGAAGAAGAUACACCACAAAAUUCCCCUUUAAAACCAAUGAGACUGCCUGGGAUUAGGGGUAAAGCGGGAGCACAGUCUUUAAAUAAUGGAACAGGAGCCAUACAAAGGGCGCGUAAAUUGUCCAAUUCUUCGAUGGCAAGCGAUGUCUCAUUUCGUCUUCCCGCUUACGAAGGGGCACCGAUUUAUCAUCUUCAAUCGGAUUUGGAUGAAUCAGGUAGUGAACUGGGUGACACCAAUUCAUCAGCCAAAUUGGACGUUGUUACUAAAGAACAACUUUUCGAUGCUUAUCGCAGAUCUAUUGAUAACUAUAAUAAAUAUCGCAGCCGUUAUAUGGAUUUAGCCAAAAAAUAUAAGGAUUUAGAACGGGACAGUAGUAAAGCUAGGUCGGUAUUGAUAGAAACUCAAGAGAAGGCAAUACGACGCAUUAAUGAAUUGCGUGAGCAAUGUGCAUUGGAGCAAGAGGCUAAAGCACACCUGGAAGAAGCUCUACGUGUUGAAAUGGACGAUAUGGAAUGUAAAAUGCAAGCCUAUCAAACCAAAUUAAAGUUAUUGGGUGAAAAUCCGGAAAAUAUAGCCGCUGCAUUGGCAGCUCGUCUUGACAAUGGUAAAGAAUUAAUCGACUUGAACGAAGAACGAAAUUUACUCGAUAAAGAUGUCGCCAUUAAUGGCGAAGACUCGAAGAAGAAGCUCAAUAACUUAGAAGCUUUGCUUGAAGAAAAAGAUCAAAAGAUUAAAGAACUUGGUGAGAAAUUUGAUUUAUUGCGUAAACAAGAAGACGAGAAUUCUUUGCUGUUAGCUCAAACGAAAGCAGCUAUACACUUGGAGUUGGAAAAUAAAGAAGCUCAAGUGAAGAAACUUACAGAAAAUUUGAAGCAGUUACAAAACGAUUUACUUGCAGCUAGAAAAGAAGAAAAGCACUCUGGUAUUCUAAUCGAAGAGUUGAAUGAUUUGAAGGAGAAACUCAGGCAGACACAGUUAUCAAAACAAGAAUUGGACGCCAAGAUUAUAGCCACCGAACAUAUGCUGAAUCAGUUUAAGGAGAAACAACUGGACAAAGAUAAGGCCAUUAAAGCAUUGGAAGAUAAAUUAAAACUAGUAACGAAAGAAAAUGAGGAAAAAUUGCGAGAACUUACUAAUCAAAACAAUCAACUUAAUGAGAUAAUACAACAAUAUCGACAAAAUGAAGUCUCGUUAGCGGAAGUCGACAACGAACUAAAUAGAACGAAGAAUGAAAAUGACGAUUUAAAGAGAACUAUGCAAGAGCAUCAACAGAAACUUGAACAAAUGGAACGUGAAUGUAAAGAUAAUAUAAAAUUACAAGAGAAAGCCAAUGAGGAAUUACUGGCACAAGCUAAUUGUAAAAUUCAAGAUUUACUUAAUCAGCUUGAAGCGGAAAAGGCAAGUAGAGAUAGUGCCAAACGUAAAGCUUUAGAUUUGAAAGAACAGUUAGAGAACAUUGAAGCUAAGAAUGAAAAUGAAACGAAAUUAAAACUUGAAGAAUUAACUAAAGAAUUAAAUGAAGUGCAAGAGCUUUUGAAAGUAAAAGAGAAAGAACUGAAAAUCUUAACCAAAAAAUCAUCGAAAAAUGAAAAAUAUCACGAAAAUCAAAUUGAGAAACUGCAAAUGGAUUUGCAACAGCAAGAGCAACUACUGCAAACAUUGGGGAACGAGCAUAAGCAAAAAGAAGAACAGGGGGACCGAGAGAAACAAGAGCUGAGACAGCAGGUGAAUAGCAUAUUAAAUGAGAUUUCACAAAUGGAAAACCAAAUGGAAUUAGUGAAGCAAUCACACAACGAGUUGGAAUCGGAGAAACAUUUAUUGGAGGAAAAAAUCGAAUUAAUGAAUCAGCAAAAUCUUAAUUCCAAUGAAGAUUCUUUACAUUGGCGUGAAUUGCUUAAAGAAGUCGAACAAAAGUUACGCGACACUGAGAGUAAAUUGCAAGCAGUAUUAAGCGAACACACCCAGUUGGCGGAAAAAAACUGUUUACUCGAGGAAAACACACACCGCUUAGAGAAAUUAUUAAGCGAAAGGCAACGUCAAGAUGCUUCUACUGAGGAGGCUUUAGUUAGCGAAUUGCGUUUGAAGUUGGAAACCAGUGAAAACUCUCUGCAAAAACUGAAUGAAAAAAUGUCAGAAGUCUUGGAUGAGAAUUCCCGGUUGCAUAAUAAUCAAGAAUUAAACGAGCACGAUCAGCGUACCUUACAAGAUAAAUACGAUACUUUAGAGAAAGAAAAAUUUUGUUUAGAUGAUAGCAAAAAAAGUUUAGAAAAUGAUUUGAACGAAUUAAAAGCAAGCCUUAAUGAAGAAAUUGAUAAAAAUCGAGCCCUUACUCAGCAUUUGCAAGAAAAACAAAACCAAAUUGACAAUAAUCGCGAGGCUGGGAAGAAGAAACUCGAAGAAGAACUAAUAUUAAAAGAUAAAUUAAAUCAAGAGUUAGUUGAACUUAAGGAACAAAUGCUGGAAUCCUACAAGCUAAAGGAAGAAUUAAAUAGGUUUAAGCAAGAAGAAAAAGAGAAGGAAUUAGAAAAAAUGGGCUUAAACGAGAAACUAGAGAAUUAUAAGAAACGUUUAGAAGAAUAUGAAAAAGAUAAUGCCGAAUUAAAAAAUUUCAUAAAAGAACUGGAAGAAUUGAGAAACAAUGUCAAGAAAUUGAAUAUCGAAAAAAAAAAUUUAUUUCAAGAAAAUCAACAAAAAACUGAAAACAUGAAUAAGUUAAACAAAGAAUUGCAAGAUUUUUCCGUGGAAGCUGAAAAACAAAAGGAAUUUAUUAAAAAAUUAACAGAAGACAUUUCAAAUCUUCAAAAGCAAAAUGAAACCGAAACAGAUGAAAAACAGAAACUGCUAAAAUUGAUUAAUACUUCGCAAGAACAAUUAAAUGAUUGGCAAAGAAAGUUUGCGGAUAAAAUGACAGAACUUGAGAAAGCUCAAGAAAAAAUCAAUAAACUUCACGUUUACCGUUCAACCAAUGAACAAUUGGAAAUCGAAUGCGAAUACCUUAACAGACAUGUAAAGCAAUUAGAGGCCGAGUUAGCUAAACAUAAUGAAAAUAUAAAAUUAAAAGAUUCCGAUUCUGAUGAACUUAAAGACAAACUCAAAUCGCUGCAGUGUGAACUCUAUGUACUUAAGGAGAGUCAAGAGCAACAUGAAUUGCAAAAAUCGGAAAAAGACAGAGAACUACUAGAAUCGCAAAAACAAAUCAAAUCGUUCGUAGAGCAAUUGGAACAAGUUAAACAGGAAUUACAAAGGCAAACAGAUCAUGUUAAAUAUAUUACCGAACAAGAUGAUACAGUAAAAGCCGAAUUACUUCAAACGCAAACUAAACUAAAAGAAUUGGAAAAUAAUUAUGAACAAAAAUGUAAAGAAUUGGAUGAGAUAAAAAUUGAAACAAGUGAUUAUAAUCAAAAAUUCGAAAAUAUACGAAAAGAACGGGAUGCUUUACAUAAAGACUUAGAGAAUAAGCAAGUCUUACUUCAAGAUUUCGGCAAAUUCAAAUUGGACUUAGAAGUACCACAACCGAUAAAUGUGAUAAGGAAAAGAAGUCUAGAUUUAUCACCUACGAGUAGCAAAAAACAUAAUUCUCAAGCUGAGGCCGAACGUUUGCGUCAAAUCAAUGCAACUCUGCAACAAGAAUUGGAAGAACUUAAACACAAAUCUUCCACUGAAAUAAUCACUUUACAGCAGGAUAUUGAAGAUUUACAAACAACGAAUAAACAAAUGGCCGAUCGUAUCAUGGAUUUAGAACGUUUGAAAGCCGGUUUACAGGCUCAAAAAUUAUUCGGAAUAGACAAUAAAUCGGCUAUGGAAGAGGUUCAAAUGAACGAUGAUAAUUAUUUAUCAAUAACUGAGAAAGAGGCUUUAGAAGCCAAGCUUAAAAAUAUAAUGGCCGAAGUACAAGACGUCUCCAAUCGUAAUUUGUUUCUAGAGAACAAAUGUGAAAACUAUUUAAUACUGGAACAAUCUAACGAACGAUUAAAAUUGCAAAAUGCAAAACUUUCAAGGCAAUUAGAUGAAACAUUGGUAUCAUUACAACAUAGCGAUGGCAUUACCGCCAAUACCGAAUUUGAGUACUUACGUAAUAUUAUGUUUCAGUAUUUAACGGGUUCAGCAAAUGGAAAUAAUGCGACAUUGGUUAAAGUUAUAUCGGCUGUUUUGAAGUUUUCACCUCAACAAACCCAAGUAGCUUUAGAAAAAGAACAUCAAAGGCGGUCUUUGUAAAACCAUUGUAGCGGCACAUCAGUAAAUAUCCUACACCAACCUAUAUUGAUUGAAGGCAUUGUAUGAGAAGUGGUUCGAUCCUGAACAUUUUCAAUAGCCUUCGUCUUAGGGCCAAAAUCCGCCAGUAUUCCAAAUUCCAUCAAAAUUGUUCGAAAGUUGUGGUAGGUGCAGUUUGGAUACAUGAGAACAUACGCAUGGACAGACAGGCUAAGAUCGAUUUAGAAAAGGAUUUUGAAUUGAUCGGCAUAAUAAAAGGUGGGUCUAUCUCUAUUUUGUGUAACGGCUAUGUCUGAAAAUCCUCACUGUCUGUAUCGAACGACUCACUUUAUUAUUUUUAGGCCUAAUCUUAAGUGCCGCUUGAAGAGGAUCGGUGUUUGUGGUGACUGACGCACAUGUCAUGGGUGAACUAUCUAGUUUGUGAGACUAGGGGCCUUUUAAAGUUCUGUCCCUUGCACAUCCUUCAGGCGAUUACAUGUAGAAGAAAUACACGUGUUUUACCUUUAUAGGAACAAACGGAGGGACGAAAACUACCUACCUUAUGAGCAGAUCAUAGGCCCCGGGCGUUGCUGUACCCUACCCUACCACCUAUGGUCUCCUUCGAUCCAUGAUUUGCGAUGGGACGUUGCAUACAUCUGUACGAUCUUAAUGUAUCCUUGUCCUCAAGUAGUGUGGGAAACGAAGUAAUUAUAUCGUGGUCCUACAAGAUUCGGAGCUAGAACAAGGGAAGAUAUAAGGUUUUUAGUAUUAGAGCUUAGAUCAGCCCUAUUAACAGAGGCAAUUGCUUCGAUAUUUGAAAAUUUGAAUUUAAUGCGGUAAACAUAUUACGCCAACUUUAGUGUGAUGGGCUAAAUUGGGAAUGCCCCUGGCUUAUUAUUACAUAACCAUUACGAUGUGAUUCAAGCUAUUCAAAGAAAGAUUUCAAAAUUUUCGCUUGUCAUACAACUUUAUAUUGUAUAUUUGUAAAUAAAUAUUUCAAGGUCUAAACUAUUACCAAAAACACUGCAUUCUGCAUGAAAUUUCCUUAACUUUAAAUCGUUUGUUUUGUGGCUUAAUUAAGAAACAAAAAAACAUAUUUCACGGGCCGCCGAAUACCCAUCCUUUUAGUAUGACUUGUUAUUGAGUGACCGCACUCGCUCUUUUCGCAUUCAGUUUGAAGCGGCUUUUGCUUUUUUUGACUUUAUAUGUAGAUGCAUGUUGAAUGAUCGAAUGUGAAAAGAUUUCAGCCUUAUUUCAUUUCUUGGUAUUUCGCUACAAACCACUUGCGGUACGAGGGCAUGUUAAAUUUGUCCCGAUGUAUGCAACAUCCAAAAAUAUUUUAGAUAGACUCGCCCUUUUAUAAUACCGAUUGGCUCACAACGUGAUUUUAGGCUUACCUGACCAUCUGAUGUCUGUCUACGUAUUUUCGUUUUCAAUCUGAGAUAUUUUGAUGAAAUUUGGUACACUGG